UUCGUUAUGAGCGCGUCUCUGGGAAAACAAUUAUUUCAGAAAUGAUGGAAAAUCAAUGUCCACAGGAUCAGUCAGUCCUAAUACCGGUAAUCACACAGGUCCUUUAAAACGACGAUUUCAAUAAUGUCUGAAUUUCUUGGGCAUUCCCCGAAUUAACGGCUUUAUUGCUUUAUUUAUUUGUUCUCACUUACAGAAAGGAUUCCUCCGUUCAAAACAGUCCAAUUGGGAAGAGGGUAACGAUGUUCAACAACAGCAGCGACUUGAGUGAUUCUUUACCAGAAGUGAGCGGAUAUCGUCUAGCUCACGGUUACGUCGCUGGAGGAAUAUGUCUCUUAGGAGUAAUUCUAAAUAUCGUCAAUGCCAUUGUUUGGUCCAGACAAGCACUAAAGACUUGUACGAAUUUUCUCUUGACCGUUCUGGCUUUCGCCGAUGGACUUUCCUUAUUUUUCUAUCUUGUUUAUGUGACGUAUUUCUUCAUUGCAACAGGUCCAAGUGAACAUAUCUACCAUUCCAAAUCAGGGAUGUACCUAGUUUUAAUAUGCUUUCAUGAAUUUAUUGCAUUCCACACGUUUUCUAACUGGCUUAUUAUAUCGCUUGCAAUAUUUCGGUAUCUUGGAGUGUGCCAUAAUAAAAUGUCCAAAAAGUACUGCACAAGAUGGAGAGCCAAAGUGACCGUUCUUGCUGUUUUUACAGCAACCUCACUAGCCACCGUGCCAUUUUACUUGUACUACGAAGUAUAUCAAUUAACAGAUGAAAACAAAACCAAUGGUUUUUGGAUACGAAAGACAAAUUUCGUCCAGACACAUGUUCCGUACCAAACGGCUCUUUUAUGGCUAUACGGAGUGAUUUUUAAGGUGUUACCAAGUUUUGCAAUGAUUGUUCUUUGUAUAUCCAUGGUGCAUAAACUCAUGCAAGCCAAACAAAGAAAUAAUACCUUAAACAGAGAGGUUUACCACUCACAUAUAGCGUCUCAGCGAUACAGGCGAUCCACAUUAAUGCUCAUUGUGAUAGUGACCAUGUACUUCUUAACAGAGCUCCCCGUUGGAGCGGUCUCUUUCAUGUCUGGCUUGGAAGGAAGAGAGAGCCAUUUCUUUUAUUUUCUUCUCUACUCACACGUCGGAGAUAUCAUAGACCUCAUUGCUCUCCUGAACAGUUGUUUAAAUUUCUUCGUUUAUGUGACCAUGUACCGUAAAUUUCGGAGUACACUGUGUAAACUAGUCAAGGUAUUUUGGGAGUUCUUGUGCUGUCGGGGAAAUGAUAUGCUCAGCAAACGUUUGUCUGAACUUGAACAACCACAGCUGUUUUCGCAUAAACGAUAUUGCUACACGUGCUACCAACAAAAGUGUAUCCCGAGGUCAUUAAUCACUCAAUAUUACUCUUCAUCUUUACCAUAAUAUGGUAUUAUUGAAAGAAGGAUUAUCAAAAUGUCAGGGAAUUUUUCCUCUCUACU